UUCCUGCCAGACUCCCACUGAGAGAGCACAGGCCUGGGAGCAAUGAAACUGUUGUGCUCCUAACCAUGGGGAAUUUAGGGGACUGUAGACUGGAGGGGAUUUGAACCAUCCAUUUCCAAGUCAUGGGCAUUCAGUUUUGUGUAAGAGAGAGCCACCCAAAGUUGCAGGCAGGGGAAGAUGGAUUUGCACCAUUAACUCAAGAAAGAUGACCAGUUUCAUGAAACCAUAAUAGAAGACAUCGAUGAAACCAGAUUGCUGAAAAACAAAGAGAAAAUGAAAAAAAUAAAGCUUCCACCCAAAUCACCACCACCACCGCCACCCCCUCAAAAGAAGUCUGGUCCAGAUGAGGAUGCGCUAGAGAGAGAGAGACUGCAGCAGCUUUAUCGAAAACGCCACAGAGCAAGAGUCAAGGCGGCUGAGAAGAUCCAGGCCUGGUGGCGCGGCACCCUGGUGCGUCGCGCCCUGCUGGUGGCAGCCCUCAGGGCCUGGAUGAUUCAGCUCUGGUGGAGAACACUCUUAUGGAGGCGGAUUCUUAAGCAGCAGCAGGACCUCCUGAAGAUCUAUGUAAUCCAGGAGGAGGCGGCAGUCACGCUCCAGUCCUGGGUUCGCAUGUGGCAGUGCCAUCAACGUUACUGCCGAAUACGCAAUGCUAUCUGCAUCCUCCAGGACCCGAAGAACUACUUUGCCUUCGAGACCAGUGAUUCUCUACAGGCACAAUAUGAAGUCCCUCCCAACCAGCCGGAGUUCCAUAUUGAAAUCCUAUCAGUCUAAAAGUGCUUGCUAUAAGGUGGAGAACUACUCCACUGCCCUCAAUAAACGUCUGACCAGGUUU